UUCGUGCUGCUCCAAUCUGGCCUCUUACUAGUUGCAUAACCUGUAACUACAAUUAUAGUGGCGGAUGCAUGCAGAUGACACGUUGGCCAUUCCUAACAGAGGUUUAGAGCAGUGAAACUGAGGAGUAAUCCCAGCUCCAAAUUCCAGUUUGCCUCUUGGCCUCCCCGCUUCUAGUCGGCUCCUGGAUUUCCCAGACCAGUUCAGGUCCCUUUCCAGCGUGCAGUCCCUUCCCCUCUCCAAGAUGCACCGCCGCAAUCUUUUCCUGUGCCUGCUCUUCGUCGCCACGCCUUGCAUCGGCUCAGCCCGCGGGCUCUUCCUCUUCGGGCAGCCCGAGUUCUCCUACAAGAGGUCCAACUGCAAGCCCAUCCCCGCCUCCUUGGUCCUGUGCCGCGGGAUCGAGUACCCGAACAUGCGGCUGCCCAACCUGCUGGGCCACGAGACCAUGCAGGAAGUGCUGGAGCAGGCUGGCGCCUGGAUCCCCCUGGUGCAGAAGCAGUGCCACCCGGACACGCGCAAGUUCCUCUGCUCCCUCUUCGCGCCCGUCUGCAUCGACGACCUGGACGAGACCAUCCAGCCCUGCCACUCGCUCUGCGAGCAGGUGAAGGAGAGCUGUGCCCCGGUUAUGUCCGCCUUUGGCUUCCCCUGGCCUGAUAUGCUGGACUGUAGCCGCUUCCCCCAGGACAAUGACCUGUGCAUCCCCCCGGCGAGCAGCGAUCAUGUCCUCCCCACGCCCAGAGAAGCACCAAAGGUCUGUGAUGCCUGCAAGAGCAAGAAUGAAGAUGACAAUGAAAUUGUAGAAAACCUUUGUAAAAAUGACUUUGCCCUGAAGAUAAAAGUGAAGGAGAUCGCCUACAUCAAUGGGGACACCAAGAUCACCCCAGAAACAAAGAGCAAAACCAUCUACAAGCUGAAUGGGGUGCCAGAAAGGGAUCUGAAGAAGACUGUGCUCUGGCUCAAAGGUGGCCUGCAGUGUACCUGUGAUGAGAUGAAUGACAUCAAUGCACCCUAUUUAGUGAUGGGACAGAGGCUGGCCGGGGAACUGGUGAUCACCUCUGUGAAGCGAUGGCAGAAAGGUCAGCGGGUGUUCAAGAGGUUCUCGCGCAGCAUUCGCAAGCUGCAGUGUUAGUCACUUCUCUGCUCGCCACUUUCAGUCACUUCGGUCACCAGCCUAGAGCUCUUCUCACCCGCUUGCACCUUCCUGCCUCCCCAGCCGCAAAGCACAGCAGGCAUGGGAGAGGAAAACCGUGUGUUUAAAAAGGGAGAAGAGGGAGCCCAACCUUUGUACAUAUAGGAAACCUAUAUUAAAAAAAACACAAAACACAAAUAUGUUUGUGAAGUAUUAAAUACCUUGCUUAGAGCUAGUUAUUUGCAUUGGUGCAAACUGUGACUUGAUCCGAAGCUUUUUAAUCUUCCAUUUUGGUUUCCUGUCUCUCACUGUCUUGCGAUGCAUUCUAUUAUCGCUACGUUUCUGUGUAGGUGAUAUUAAACAUGAGCGGGUGGCUCAUCAGGCCUAAUGGUAGGGUUCCGUUUGGAUGUGCAAGAGCCUCCGUGUUGCCGUUUCAUUUUGAGACUGUGGCAGUUCUUCAAGAUGGAAUCAUUCCCAGAUACUGGAAAUUUAUUCAGAAGAAAGGAUUGCCAUGUGAAAAGUGAUGGGGGAAGUCUCCUUGUGGUGACUUUACCGCUUUAGACAUUGAUGUGAGAAGUAUGGCUGAAGAAAAAAAGAGAGGGACAUUGUUACCUGGAUUCUCCUCUGAUCAUUAGCCACAAUUCAAAGCAGGGUUUGGCAUGCUUAAAUCCAUGUAUUUCAAGGGGCUUAAGCAUGUUGAAAUCUCUGUUGGGUUGUGCUCGUUAUGUUUUGUUUUGGCCCUGAGCAGGGGUCUCACUUUUAUCUAAUAUGGAGUGACAUGCCGUCUUUUUUUAAUACACUAUAGAGAAAUUACCACUGUCGCAUGUGCUACUUUUGCAGGAACUGCAUCAAUAAAGGCAUAUUAACCAGUCGCACACCAGUGUUUUAUACAAGCCAGUCAAUAGUUUAAAACCAUUUUGAACUGACUGAAUGCACAUUUGUAGGCAAAGUUUUUGUCUUUUUUUGCUAUUUUGGUUCUUCCGCCUUCACAAAUUAAAACUUUCUUUAGCCUUGCUGUAAUAGGUUAUUCUUAAAGUGUUGUAAAAUAUUACUUUAAAAACCUUGUAAAUAUUCCAGAUAAACCUUAUAUUCUUGUACAUAAACUUUACAUCAUAGUUUA